AUGACCGAGGCCGACGUGUACCUGGAGGCCCUAAAGACCUUCGACGUGAGCAAGCCACACCAUGAUGUGCACGGUGUGUCUGGGUGGAUGGCACCACAAGAUGCGGUACAGACUGCUUGUUCGCAGCUCUGA